CAUUAGUUAAAACUGUUUCACCAGUGAAUGAUUGAGUAUUUGAAAUGAUGCGAAAAGUGGACACUACGUCGAUUGGUGUAUGGCCAAAAGGAAAAGUGGUCGCUAAACAGACAGAAAGUGAACUGCUGAAGGUAGAAGCAAUUGAUAUGUGCAAUGAGCAGAAUGGCAAAGCCUUACAUACGGAUCGGUACGAGAUGAUGGCACGCUGCAAUGCCAAGCAGCUGGUGGUACGGCGGGGUGCACCGUUUAAUGUUCAGCUUCACUGCAACCGUGCCUUCAACGAGCAGGAGGACACGAUCGUCCUAUCGAUGGUGGUUGAAGUGAUUGGAAAUGACAAAAUAAGCUACGGUGGGGGAACGGUCGUGCAAUUACCCCUGGCCAGUCAGCUGACCAGUGCGUCCGAUGAGUGGAGUGCCACGUUGAUGGAAAGCAAACUGGAUCCAGCAACCGGAAAGGCAAUUGCUACGGUGCAAGUCUUUAUAUCGUCGAUGGCUUCCGUCUCCGCCUGGAACCUAAUCGUGCGAAGUAGAUUGGAUUCGACCAAUGAAACCCACCAGAAAGAAGCUCCGUCGGCUGUCUACGUGUUGUUUAAUCCUUGGUGUAGGAACGACUUCGUGUAUCUGGAAGAUGAUGCAGCACGGCAGGAGUACGUAGUGAACGAUAGCACCCUCAUCUGGAGAAACAGUCCUACCGAGGAGGGCGCAUACGCGUGGAAUCUGGGUCAGUACGAACGCGACAUACUGGACUGUGCCUUGUGGAUUGUGGCGAUACCGGGCCGAGUGUCACCAACGUUCCGCAGCAAUCCGGUGAAGGUGGCACGCGCUCUAACUGCUGCUUUGAGUACUGCUAAUGGGCCCGGUGUACUGAUGGGCAAGUGGUUCGGAGACCUAAGCGACGGAACUGAUCCUGCGGCGUGGUGUGGUUCGGUCAGGAUCUUGCAGCAAUAUUUCGCGACCAGUGAACCAGUCCGCUAUGGACUGUGCUGGGUGUAUGCUGGAAUUUGUGCAACCGUUUGUCGCGCACUUGGUAUACCGUGUCGCGUUGUCACCAACUUCGAGUCAGCCCACGAAGGAGAGUCCUCACUGACGGUUGAUUUUUUUGUGGACUGCGAGAACCAAACUGUACCUGUUUUUACGGAUGAUUCCGUAUGGAGCUAUCACGUGUGGAACGAGGUGUGGUUGAAACGAAUCGAUUUGAACAAUCCAAAGUAUGACGGAUGGCAGGCGAUCGAUGCAACACCGCAGGAGCUGUCCGAUGUAAUGUUCAAACUGGGUCCUGCACCGCUCUCCGCGAUCAAGGACGGAGAGGUGCUUCUCCUGUACGAUGUGGAUCUCAUUUACUCGGAGGUAAACGCAAACAAGAUCUACUGGUCGAUAGAUAACGAGCACCAGACCGCACCGAUGCCGUUACUUGUCGAUACGAAGAGCAUUGGGAAGAAUAUCAGCACGAAGGCUAUCGGGAGUAAUACGCGGGAAGAUAUCACACAUCAAUACAAGUACGAGGAAGGAUCAGCAAGGGAGCGCGAAGUGAUGCAAGCGGUGCUCAAACAGACAAGUCAGCGGUUCGUCAGCUCCGCCAUGGAGGCUUACCAGGCCGCUAGCGAUGCUAUAGAGCUAGAGCUGAAACCUUUCAGCAAAAACAUCCUUGGUCAACCAUUCCGAUUGCAGCUGUUAAUGAAAAAUGUGACCGAUAUGCCGCAAGAAAUAUCAGGAACGCUGAUUCUGCAACACUCUGACUAUACAGGCAAGUUGACGAAGCUGAUACGUAACAUUCGCUUGAACCAGAUCGUGGGUCCCAAUCUGGAGAUCCCUUGGAUGGUGGAGCUUAGCUACGAUCAGUACCGGAGUAUUGAGUUCGAUCAGUGCUGCAUCCGGGCUUACUGUAUAGCCGAGUUAAAGGGUUGUCGCAAGAAGACUUUUCUCGAAGAAAAGUUCUCCAUGGAAUCACCUCGUAUCGAGAUGCGGCGCAUUAGUGGAUCAAAGCCCGGAUCGAUAUUGGUCACAAGCGAGCUGAAGAACCCGCUUCCCGUUCCGCUGACUGAUGCAAGUUUUUUAUUUGAAGGAUCCCGGUACUCUGAAACGCUGGAAAUAAGGUUUCCUUCGGUGGCGGUGAAUGAAACCGUGAAAGCAGCAUACCCGAUCAACCACCUACACAAAGGCAAUGCAGUGAUUACGGUAUCAUUUGUUGCAAAGGAGCUCAAAAACGUUAGCGGACAUCUAUCGUUCGAUGUGUAACUGUGCAAUAAAUUCCAUCCGAAAUUAUGUAUUCCGAUUCCGUCUAAAUGCAAGC